GCAAGCCUUCAGUCAGACAAACAAGCACGAUGAAGCUGGAGCAGCGUCUCUCUGUGUGUGUCCUGCUGGUACUUUGUGUGACAUGGAGCGCAAACGGAGGGAACAUCUUGGUGUGGUACACUGAAGGCAGCCACUGGAUUAACAUGAAGCCUCUGCUGGAGACGCUGAUCGACAGGGGACACCAGGUGACGGUUCUGGUCCCGAGCUCGUCGAUGUUCAUGAACACCAGUGAGCCUUCUCGCUUUGGCUACGAACCCUUCAAUGUCUCUAUUUCAAAGGAGUCCGUUGAGGACUUCAUGAAAGACUUCCUUCACUUCACAAUGAAUGAGAUGGAUCAUAUGAGCUACAUACAGAUUUACAUCAGAUUCAUGGAUAUAAUGAAGGUCAGAUUGAAGAAUUCUUUAAAGUUUUUGGACGGCCUGGUGAAAUCUGAAUCCAUCAUGAAGAAGCUGAAGGAGGGAAAAUAUGACCUUCUCCUGGCUGACCCCAUGUAUCCCGGCAGUGACUUAAUAGCAGAGAUUUUGGGCAUCCCUCUGGUCUUCUCCUUGCGGUUUUCCCUAGCCAACAACUGGGAGAGACACUGUGGUCAGCUCCCUGCUCCUCCUUCCUUUGUCCCCGGGGCGAUGAGCAAACUAACGGACAAGAUGGACUUCCCUGAGAGAGUGUGGAACUUCCUCUUCUACGCACUGCAGGACAUUGUGCUCGAAAACGUUUUUUGGAAAGUACUGGAUAAAUAUUACUCCAAAGUAAAAGGAACACACACCAGUGCCUGUGAGCUGAUGGGUCGGGCAGAUAUCUGGUUGAUAAGAACAUACUGGGAUUUUGAUUUCCCUCGCCCUUUCCUCCCUAACUUCAAAUUUGUUGGUGGGAUUCACUGCAGACCUGCUAAACCGUUACCAGAGGAUAUGGAGGAGUUUGUGCAGAGUUCUGGAGAUGCUGGCAUUGUGGUCUUCACUUUGGGAUCAUUCAUCAAGAACAUCACUACAGAGAAAGGAAACAUGAUCGCCUCAGCCCUCGCUCAGGUCCCACAAAAGGUGCUGUGGAGAUACAGUGGAGAAAAUCCAGCAACUCUGGGUGCCAACACUAGACUAUUCGACUGGAUCCCUCAGAAUGACCUACUGGGUCACCCCAAGACCAGAGCUUUCAUCACCCAUGGAGGCACAAAUGGGAUUUAUGAGGCCAUCUACCACGGUGUUCCCAUGGUGGGCAUCCCCAUGUUCGCUGACCAGCCAGACAACAUGGUCCAUGUUGAGGCAAAGGGAGCUGCAGUUACUGUAGACUUUAACUUCAUGAAGACUGAGGACCUUAGAGAUGCAGUCAAUACUGUCAUCAAUGAGAAAUCGUACAAGAAGAAUGCCUUGUGGCUGUCCAGUAUCCACCACGACAGACCAAUGAGUCCGCGUGAUGAGGCGGUAUUCUGGAUCGAGUUCACCAUGAGAAACAAAGGGGCCGAGCACCUGAGGGUCCAGGCCCAUGAGCUCACCUGGUACCAGUAUCACAGCCUGGACGUCCUGGCCUUCCUCCUUGCCAUUGUUCUGAUCCUCGUACUCCUCUUUGUCAAGACCUGCAGUUUCUGCUUCCGGAGGUGCUGUGGCAGA